AUGCUUUCUGAGUACGAGAAAGAGAGGGAAAAGCUUAAGAAGGCCGAAAAGGGCAAGAAUAAAGGCGGCAGCAGUCCUAAAGAUAAGAGUCCUACGCAAACCAAUACCAACCUAAAUGAUAAUCAAAAUGAAGUGGCACAGCGUGAAAUAAAUGCCGCUAUUUCCGAGGCCGAAGCCAUUAACUUAAUGGAAAUAGACCCAGUCAUGCUAGCCCGCGAAAUAACCGCAACAGAAGUUCGCACUAUUAUUGAGAUCAGUCCAGUUGAAAUUCUUAAAUUCCAACCAGCUGAUGACAUUAAAAAACAGUCCCCUAAUCUUUAUGGCUACCUAACUUUCACCGAAAGCCUUUCCUCAUUCGUGGCUAGUACUAUCAUCCAAAACAGUGCCGCCCCCAAACAAAUCAGCGCCCAUCGCAGUCCCCCAACCAAAACAUCCUCCUCGCCCAAAUACGAUGCCGAGGCCAGCACCAACCAAUGGGUAGAGGUAGCCCGCGCCCUUAAAACCCUCAAUAAUGCCAAUGCCCUUGCAGCAGUUGUCCAAGGCCUAAAACGAACUCGUAUUCCCCGGGUGCUCAUUGAAGAACUUACCGAACUACAGUCCCAAUGCGACACACUCGUAUCUUGUGAGAAAGAAGCUGAUCUGCAAGAUCGCGGCAUUCUGUACCUCCGCCACAUCCGUUCCAUUGAAAAACACCUUAUUGAUGCCAGCACGAACAAACAAGAUAAAACGGCCGGCAAGAAAUUCUGCCGUAUUAUUGAAUAUCUCAACUACAUUCGCAGCCAUUCAGGUAUUAGUGUCGACCGCAUGCUUAACCAUGCUAUUAUUGCCGCUGUUCGCAAAACCAAAGACAUUAGAGGCGGCGAAAGAAAGGACUCAGGAAUUGGAUUUGAAGGAUGCUUUAUCUUCCUUAAACAUAGCAACUACUUAGCAGGCAGUGGGGAUAAAUAA